GUGAAUUGUUUGAGAACACAUUUUUAUACGAAAAUUUCCUCAUUUGCCGCUAAAGUUUAUACCUAGAUAUCCAAUUAUCCUUUCAAAUAAUUGUAAAAUUUUACUCAGUGAAGAUGUACAGAAAACUCCACAUAUUCCUAGUUUUCGGCAUUGUAGUGGCGGAUACAGCUGUUAACGGCRGUGAGUUUGACUAUGAGCAUCAAUCCAAAUGGUACGACGACUUUCGGCAAUGCAGCUWUAAUCGUCAAUCACCGAUUGAAUUGAACUCCAAUGAGGCCGUUAUAUCAUAUAACCUGCCGUCGUUGAAAUUUAUACACUAUGACGUACCCUACCAGAAAGCGGUGCGAAGUGAGAAUAACGGACACACGGCAAAUAUACAAUUGCCCACGGCGAGACUCGAUAGCGCUUACAUCGUCGGCGGGCCGCUACAGAACGGCACGACUUACAUAAUGGAGAGUUUGCAUUUUCAUUGGGGCUCCAUCGACACGCAUGGCUCCGAGCAUGUGCUCGACAGUGAACGCUACUCGAUGGAGAUGCAUUUGCUGCAUCGGAAUACCAAAUAUGCGACAGUGGAGGAGGCGCGCGAACACGAAGACGGCUUGGCUGUGCUGGCCGUGCUGUACGCAGUGAAUGCAAAUAUCACAGAGGAUUUCGUUGGCUUAAAUGAAGUCAUAAAUGUUUUGGAGUCCAUUUCCGAAUUCAAUCGCUCCACAGAAAUUGACAAUUUUCAACUCUCCGUUUUACUGGGCGACAUGGACGUUGAUGAGUUUUACACUUACGCUGGCUCGCUGACAACGCCGCCCUGCUCGCAGGCCGUUACUUGGGUGGUGUUUUCACAUCCCAUCACAAUUACGCCCAGUCAGAUGGAGCGCUUCCGCCGGCUGUCCGAYGGUCAUGGCGCUGCAUUGGAGAACAAUUAUCGCGCGCUGCAGGCGAAGGGUAAUCGUAGCGUUGUUCUGCGUCAAAAACGCAAAGUGCUGGAGUCCUCCGUGCAAUCGUCACUCUAUUGGAAGCUGUUGAGUAAACUGAAGCCGCAGGGAGAGACAGUUGCGAAUGAUGGAAAGUGAAAAUCUGCAAAGCCUGCGCUAGAAAAAUUUAAGAAUUUUUUGUAAAAAUAAAGACUGAUUGAGACACUUGACAUUAGUUUGCUUGCAAAUAACUCUACCAAAUACUG